AUGAACACCAUCAAAACUUUGACCACAAACAUGCUUCAUUCUUCGCUCACCAACCUUUCCAAAUUGUCUAAAGCAGAUAUGAAAAAAUUUUUGGAUUCUUUUGAUACAGUACUAUCUGAUUGUGAUGGAGUGCUAUGGCUGGAAAACGAGGCAAUCGAAGGGUCAGUGGAAGUCAUUAACAUGCUCAGAGAACUAGGAAAGAAGAUUAUAUUUGUUACAAACAACUCUACAAAGAUUAGAGAAGAAUUUGUGACUAAAUCCAGGAGAAUGGGAUUCAUUAUAGAGAAGGAUGAAAUAAUAUCAACAGCCUAUCUAGCAGUGAGUUACUUGAAGAGUAAUGGGUUCAACAAAAAAGCUUAUGUUAUUGGAUCCAAAGGAAUCAGCCAAGAAUUAGAAGCAGCAGGUAUUAAACACUUAGGUAUUGGACCUGAUGUUCUUCAGUGCAGUCUCUCACAAACCAUUGAGACUUUCCAUCCUGAUCCUGAUGUUGGUGCUGUAAUAGUUGGGUUUGAUGAACAUUUUUCCUACAACAAGCUACUUAAAGCAGCAUCAUAUUUGAACAAACCAUCAUGUUUUUUUGUUGCCACAAAUACUGAUGAGCGUUUUCCAAUGCAUACAGAUUUGGUUGUACCUGGUACAGGUGCUAUUGUACGUGCUGUAGAAACUGUAGCACAAAGAGAAGCUGUAGUUGUUGGGAAACCUAACUCCUACAUUUCCCAAGCCCUAUUCAGAGAACAUGGGAUUGACCCUAAGAGAACACUGAUGAUUGGUGAUAGAUGCAAUACAGAUAUUUUGUUGGGCACCAGAUGUGGCUUCCAAACACUUUUGGUUCUGUCUGGGGUUACUACUUUGGAUGAGGUAACUGAAUGGAAAAAAUCUUCCAAAAAGGAAGAGAAAGACUUGGUUCCAGAUGCAUAUUUGAAUAAACUGGGUGAUUUAUUACAAUUUCUUGACUAG